AUGUGUUCGUCCGCCCGCUCCCCGCGCACUCACUCCCCCCGCGAGCACUCGCUCCCUCCCCGCGCACUCGCCCCCCCAGCGCGUAUUCGAUCUCCCCGCGCGCUCUCGCUCCCCCCGCGCGCACUCGCUCCCCCAGCACGCACUGCUCCCCCAGCGCUCACUCGCUCCCCCAGCGCGCAUUCGCUGCCCGCGCACGCUCGAUCCCCCCGCGCUCACGCGCGGCCCCCGCGCGCACUCGCUCCCUCCGUGCUUGCUCGCGCCCCCAGCGCGCAUUCGCUCCCCCCGCGCUCGCUCGCUCCCCCCACACGCACUCGCUCCCCCAGUGUGCAUUCGCUCCCCCCGCGCUCGCUCGCUCCCCCCGCGCGCACUCGCUCCCCCAGCGCACAUUCGCUCCCCCCGCGCUCAUUCGUUUCCCCCGCGCGUACUCUCCCCCAGCGUGCAUUCGCUCCCCCCGAGCCAUUGUCGUUCCCUCUGCUCUGCGCCCCACGCACCCGCCUCCUCCUUCCACCGCUACCCAACCAUCCACUCUUGUCACACUUCCUCCUCUCCUCUUUCCCCCUCCCUCUCCUCACUCCCGCACUCUCUCCCACCCUCCCUCACCCCUCCCUCGCCCCUGCCUGCCCCAUGGCUCUCCCCAUCCCUUGGUGCGCGACUCACAGGGGCGGAGGUGGAGCCGGACAUGAUCUUCUUCGUCUUCGAGCUGUACCAGAUCAAGGUGCGCUCCCCCCUACCCUGCUGCCUCCGCUGCCUCUGCUCCCUCUGCUCCCUCCUUUCCCUCCAUGCAUCCCCUCCUUACCCCCCCUGCAUUCCUUCCUUUCCGCCCCUGCAUUCCUUCCUUUCCGCCCCUGCAUUCCUUCCUUUCCGCCCCUGCAUUCCUUCCUUUCCGCCCCUGCAUUCCUUCCUUUCCGCCCCUGCAUUCCUUCCUUUCCGCCCCUGCAUUCCUUCCUUUCCGCCCCUGCAUUCCUUCCUUUCCGCCCCUGCAUUCCUUCCUUUCCGCCCCUGCAUUCCUUCCUUACCCCCCCUGCAUUCCUUCCUUUCCGCCCCUGCAUUCCUUCCUUUCCGCCCCUGCAUUCCUUCCUUUCCGCCCCUGCAUUCCUUCCUUUCCGCCCCUGCAUCCCCUCCUGUCCCCCCCCCCCACAGCAUCCCCUCGUUUACCACUCCUUCCGUAUCCAAUCUCAUCCAACACUCGUCCAUUUUCCUCCCUUCCCUCUCCUCCCCCGUCCAACCUUCUCCCUUCCUUCUCCCCCUCGUCAAUUCUCCUCCCUUCCAUCUCCUCUCUCAUUCAAUCUUCUUCUAGCCCCCUGUUCACUACCUCGACCAAUCUCCUCCCUUGCCCCCUUCCUCUCUUCCGCACUCCCCCUUUUCCUCUCUGUCCCGCCUUCCCUCCCUUGCUUCUCAUCAUUUUUCCCCUUCCUCCCACAUGCUCACUCUUCCUUCCCCUCCAGCUUACACUCUGUUUUUCUCCCCUCAUUUCUGGUUUGUUUUCCCCCUGCUACCCUAUCGUAUGCACUGCCAUUGGUGCAGGCACUGGCAGGGCGUGUGGUGCGGGCGGUGGUAGUGCCGCCCACCAGAGACCUGGAUGCUCAGGCGGGCAAAGGACCUCAAUCUCCAUGCAUCUCCAUCGUUUCCCCUCCAUUCCCCCUGGCCGCUCCUUUUCCCCCUUGCUUCCCCUCCUUUCCCCCUUGCUUCCCCUCCUUUCCCCCCUGCUUCCCCUCCUUUUCCCCCCUUGCUUCCCCUCCUUUCCCCCCCUGCAUCCCUUCCUUUCCCUCUCAGCUUCCCUUCCUUUCCCCACCUCCAUCCCCUACUUUUCCUCCAUGCUCCCCCUCCUUUUCCCCCCUGCUUCACCUCCUUUCCCCUCCGUGCUUCCCCGCCUUUUCCCCCCUCCAUCCCCUCCCUAUGCACCCUUCCCUUGCUUACCCUCCCUCCCCCUACCCACAGUUUCCAAUUUCCGCCUCAUCCCAUCUCCGCCUCAUCCCAUUACCGCCUCAUCCCAUCACCGCCUCAUCCCAUCUCCGCCUCAUCCCAUCACCGCCUCAUCCCAUCUCCGCCUCAUCUCAUCACCGCCUCAUCCCAUCUCCGCCUCAUCCCAUCACCGCCUCAUCCCAUCACCGCCUCAUCCCAUCACCGCCUCAUCCCAUCGCCGCCUCAUCCCAUCACCGCCUCAUCCCAUCUUUGCCUCAUCCCAUCACCGCCUCAUACUAUCCCAUGAUCCGCCUCAUCCCAUCUUUGCCUCAUCCCAUCUUUGCCUCAUCCCAUCUCUGCCUCAUCCCAUCUCUACUAUCCCAUGAUUCCCCCAAGCUAUCCCCAUGA